AUGCGCGCGUCCUUACAGUUCCGCCAGGGCGACGGCUCGCACCACUCGCCGUGCGGUCCGCUCUUCCGCCUUAAACUGCCCGUGUCGCUGCUAGGCCUUCCGCUUCCGCUGUUUUCCGGCUGUUCCCUCGGCUCCGCGCCGUCCGACGUCUCUCUCUCCCUCGGUACCGCCUUCACCGCCGGUCCCUCCCUCCGCCUCACCUACCGCCCCAUUCGCGCACCCGCCCUCUCCGCGGCCCCUCAGGAUGAUUCCGCCGAUUCUGGCGGAAAUUCCGCGUCGCUCCAUCUUGUGCUGAAGGCGGGGCUCGGUCGGCUCGGGUCGUCCCGAGAUGCUUCUUUGUCGGUAGCUGCGGAGCUCGAGUUCUGCCCUUCCGCCAUUGCCUCGGGCGGAGCGCCAUCCAGUGGCGUUGGGGGAAGCGCCUUCCGCGUCCCUCUGCGCGCGCAUAUCCGCUUCAAGGCCGAGCCGCGCGUAGGAGACCUUUCGUUCCGCCGAUUCCCCUCCACUGCGGUAGCUGCAGCGCCGAAAGCAGUCACAGCCGCUUCCGCGGAAACAAUUUCGCCUGCGGGGAACGCGAAGCCAUGCGCGCAAAGCAGCAGCGGGAGCGGGGAGCCGUCAGUGUCCGCCUGCACUCCACUGUCCAUUGGGCCGCGCAGCCAAAGCUCUAGUCCGCAGAGCGGCGGAAGCAGAAGCGGGGGCAGCCGGGGAGGCAGCCGGGGUGGCAGCCGCGGGGGCAGCCGUGGGGGCAGUCCAGGGCCGGGAGCAGUGGGCGGAGGCGGGGAAAUGGCUUUACCAGACGGACUAGAUGCUUCCGCCGUGGCUGCUUGUAACGGUAUUCCACCCGCUGACUCCUCCGCCGUAUCCUCCCCCAGGGCUGCUGCUGCUGCUGCUGCGUCACCCUCCGCGCAGAAUAGCAGGAGCAGUAGUGAGAGAGUGGUCGCGGGAGGAGCAAGCGACAGCCCCCCAGGAGAAGACCUAGGAGGAGGCGUGGGCAUGGCACCGCCUGCUCUUUCUUCCUCUGCAGCAGUCCCAGCAGCCCGCGUGCUGUCUCAGCCUGGAUCUCCCAACACCAACUCUCGAAGCAGCAGCAGCAGCGGCUGGUUCUCGUCCACCCAUGCGCCGAUGCUGCACCUGGAUAAGAUCAGUGUGGACGUGCGCACUGGCGCCUUCCGCUUCAUCCCUGCCUGCUGGGCCAUGCACGAACCACCGCUACCUGAUGCCCUGCCACAACCCCUCCCACCUGCUGCUAUCUCAGGUGCUGGCACCGCCACCGCCCGCCCGCCCGGCCUGCCCACACCCACCACUCUCGUUUUGCCAGGUGUCGGGCCUCGGCUGCUUCUCAUGCCGUCUGGACCCCUUGGGUUCCGGCCUGCGCUGGUGCCGCCAGGUGGCAGCGCAGGAGUGGCUGGCAGGGGGUUGGGGGGAGGGGGAGCAGUGGUGGGGGAGCAAGGGGAGGUAGCGCGGCUUAGGAGUGAGCUGGUGGGGGUGAGGGCAGAGGGGCAGCGGCUGAGGCAGCAGGUGGAUGAACUCCGGGCAGCAGUGUCCAAGGGCGGUGCAGGGGAGGGCGGUAAGGCAGGCAGUGUGGGAGAAACGAAGGGUAAAGGAGGGAAGGAGGGUGGGGCUGGGGCGCCUGCAGCUGCAGGGCGGGCAGAGGCUGGCAAAGGUGGUGGAAGUGCUGCUGCUGCUGGCAGUCAGGGUGGCGACAAGGAUGGUAAAGCAGCAGCGCCUGCACCAAGUGGUGCUGGCUCGGCCCCUGCAGCGGUGGGGGCUGGCAGUAAGGGGCAGAACGGGGGCAGUGGUGGUGCUGAGAAGGAGAAGCAAGGUGGAGGGCUCUUUGGCAGGUGGAGGGGCAAAGGGGACAAGAAAGAGGAGAAGAAGGAAAAAUCAAGUACUGCCAGCACUGGCAGCAACAGCAGCAGCGGCAGCAGUGGUGGUGGUGGGGCAGGCAGUGGCAGCAGUGUGCCUGUGGCGAGCAAGGCAGGGCCUGCUAGCAGCGCAGCAGCAGGUGCUGCCGCGGGUCCUGAGGGGUUGGGACGACCAGGCAUGGCAAGGGGUUCCAGUACAGCCCCAGGCGUGGGAAUGGACAUUCCAGUGAGGGCAACGAUGGAGGGGCAUGGGCCAGCAGUGGGGAAGGUAUCAGUGGCAGGCCAGGGGGCUUUGAGUGCUAGUGCUGGUGCUGAUGCUGCUCAGCUGGAGCUGGAAGAGGGGCUUAGGCAGGCGAUUCUGCAGGCACGAGCAGGGGCUGCGUAG